AUGGGGAAGAGCACAGCCCGGUCGGGAAAGGGUAAAUCCCUCAAGACCUCCUCCAAGGGAGGCAAGAAGCUUCAGAACAUACCGAUACCGAAAAGGGGUCGGAGAAAGUUGAGUCUGGUCUCUGAUUCGUCAGAUUCAUCGUUAUCGGAAGUGAGUGACGAAGACUCUUCGGAUGAUGAUGAGCAAGAUUCGUCUGACGACGAUGAUGAAGUGGACUACGUCCAAAUGACUGCCACCAAGAAGCUUGCCAACAUUGCCAGGCAGAGCAGAGGAACCUCUGAAGAGCCGUUGGGUUCUUCGGAUGACGAUUCUGACUCGGAAUCUGAUCUUGAGAUCGUUUCCACCACCCAAAAACCCAAGCCCGAGGUCAUAGACAGCGAAGAAGAUAUCGGAGAGGAAAUUGCUCUUUCGCCAAGCAAAUUUCCACCAAUGGCACCUACUCUGGAAGACCAGUCGCUACUGGAUGUCCCCAAGAUUGACGAAACUGAGCUGAACUCGGAUGAUGACUACGAACUGGAUAAAGACCAGUUGAUCAGGACCCUGCAGAACGAUAACGACGAGGUUGAGAUCUUUGGCAAGAGCGAUGACGAUUUAGACUUCUUCCUUUCGGGAGGUCAGGACAUCGAAGAAGAGAACUAUCUUUUGCAAGAGGAGGCUGAUGCCAUAUUGAAAGACUACCACGACCCAGAGGUGAUAGGUGCAACCUCAGAAAACAGCCAUACAUCCGCCUCUACCAAUGUCAGCAACACCAACAGUACUGGCGAUGCCACCAAUGAAGAGUCCAAGGCCGCAGAAAGCGACUCUUCUUCCUCUGAUGAAUACGACUAUGACGAUGUGAGCGACGAUUUCGAAAUGCCUUGGUAUGACGUGUUCCAGAACUCUGCUUACCAUGCUGCGGGGAAGCAAGAUGUUGAUUCGGACGAUGAUGACUCGUAUCUGUGGCCAUACUUCAUCUCCGGGGAAUCUUCUAGCGAUGAAGAUGGAACCGCGGCCAAUGAAAAGGCAAAUGGGUCCAAGGUACUGGAAGAUGAGAGCGGGGACUCUACAGAUGAAGACACCACACUUCCUCCUCCCUCUACGAAGAAGAUAGGCUCUAAAUCCGCAAAGGAGAUCUUAUCUUCUUCUAAAAACAACUUUAGGGCUCCCGUGCUCGGUGUCUGGACCACAGCCAAUCAAGCGAAACCGUUCGGGAUCAUCGAUGGGUUUUCCACAAGAUCGCUGGAGCCCGCUUUGGUCAACUCCGGUAAGGGUAGACUAGUAUCUAGCUCUACUGCCAAACCCAAGUUUCUGGGCGUCCAGCCAAUCAUGGAGCUGGAUGAGCUGCUAUAUGUAGACGAGUUUGAAGAAGGUGAAGCUUACAACGAUGACAACGAUGAAUGGGAGCGCAAGGUCCCUCUGUCCGCAUUCAGGUCCAAGGGGGUGGUCGAUGGAGACCACUCUCAAGGGGUCCGUCGUUAUUCGGCCUCAUUCACUCCUAGCGAUAGGAGACGACUAAAGGAGAAGAAACCCAAGUCGAAAAGCCCCAAGUCUGCGAGAAAGUCGAGGGAGUUUGGCACCAUGCCUACCGAUGAGAUCAUCAUCACACCCGUGAAGUCCAUGAAAUUCCAGAAGUUCCAGAGGAAUGCGAAGAAGCUUAAGAAACAUAAAAACGGGCUUAGAAGCACCAAAGGUGGGCUUUUCAGCGAAAGCACACUUGCCGAUGUCGAGGCAUUGCUGGUUGAUCUUGGAGAUGAUGAUGAUUUCAACAUUCUUUUUGGGGCAUGA